CACCAGCGCCGAAUCCCUCUUAUUGUGCUUGGGCGGCAGCGGAGGACAGCAAUUCAAGCUCGAGUUCCUGUAGUCCUGCGAGCAGUAUGGAUGAGAGGGAGGUCGAGGUGGAAGUAGACGCACAGCACCAGCAAGAACAGAGUAGUGGUGAUGAUCAGAUGAACGGG